UUUCCCGGCGUGUUUUGGUGGAAGGCAAACGCGAGCGACCAUGGCUGGCGCGCGGAUCCCGGUCCCUCGGCUCCAGGGCGUCUCCGAGGCGCAGUUCUUGCAGGACCUAUACCCACAGAGAAAGCCACUGGUGUUGGAAGGAAUCGAUCUGGGGCCAUGUACAAGCAAGUGGACAGUGGAUUACCUAAGCCAGGUCGGAGGGAAACAAGAUGUGAAGAUUCAUGUUGCUGCAGUUGCACAGAUGGACUUCAUUAGUAAGAACUUUGUGUAUAGAACAUUACCUUUUGACAAGUUGGUCCAGAGAGCAGCUGAAGAAAAGCAUAAAGAAUUCUUUAUUUCAGAGGAUGAGAAAUACUACCUGCGGUCACUUGGAGAAGAUCCGAGAAAGGAUGUUGCAGAUAUCAGGAAGCAGUUUCCUUUGUUGGAGGGAGAUAUUAAGUUUCCAAACUUCUUCCAAAAGGAACAGUUCUUUUCCAGUGUUUUUCGAAUUAGUUCACCAGGAUUACAACUUUGGACUCAUUAUGAUGUAAUGGAUAACUUUUUAAUACAAGUGACAGGAAAAAAGCGUGUGGUACUAUUCAGUCCUCGAGAUGCCCCAUAUUUAUAUUUAUCAGGUACUAAGUCACAAGUGCUGAAUAUAGAUAAUCCAGACUUGGCUAGAUAUCCACUCUUUACCAAGGCCAGAAGGUAUGAGUGUUCCCUUGAAGCUGGUGAUAUAUUAUUCAUUCCUGCUUUAUGGUUCCAUAAUGUAAUUUCUGAAGAGUUUGGAGUGGGAGUGAAUGUCUUUUGGAAGCACCUUCCAUCCGAAUGCUAUGAUAAAACAGAUACCUAUGGAAACAAAGAUCCUACAGCAGCAUCAAGAGCUGCACAAAUUUUGGACAGAGCCUUAAAAACACUUGCUGAAUUACCAGAGGAAUACAGGGAUUUCUAUGCACGGCGAAUGGUCUUACACAUUCAAGACAAAGCCUACAGCAAGAACUUUGAGUAAAAAUGAAUAGAAUGAAUGUAAACAUUUUCAUAAAUUUAGCCCAAAUACUGGAAAACUACAACAUAUUUCUUAAGUUUUAGAUUUAUUCUUUGCUAAAAUAUGGCAGAUAAAUGUGAUUUCCAGAUUAAAUGAUUUUAAGAGAUGUUUAUGUGGUUUCUGCUUUAUUGACUGUUAUAAAAAAUGCUGUAUUGCUGCUGCCAUUAGUUCUCUGAUGCAAAUAACAAAAAAAAAAUCGAACUUACAAAGACUUAAACAAUAGAAAUAUCUUGUUUUUACUUCAUGACACACAGCAUCAACUGAUAGCAUAGGCUUCACUGUUUACAAUCCAGUGAUUCAGUAAUGCCAUCAAAAGACACCAUGUUCCCUCCCCUUCCCUUCAACCACAACAUUGGCACCAACCUACGGCUGGCUACCCUCCUGGUCACGGGAUGAUUGCCAGUAGCAGUUGGGGCUUUGUGCGUCUUCAUUUAUAUGCAGUGGAAGUCAGGCUAGAUGCCAGGGGCCCUGUAUUAAUAUGAAAAAGCUCUCCCAGCAUUCACUACCAAAUCUUGGGUCUCAGUGUUCUAAAGUGACUUAGAUCUGUCUAUCACUGAGCUGGUCACUGACAGAGUUUGGAAUAACCCUUCAGCCAAUAAGGUCUGCUGGAGCUGGGAAAGGUACAGCAUGCAGCUGAAGAGCAGACAGUUUUUAAAUCAGCUUCUGUUGGGACAGGGAAAAAAAGGUACACAUCUUCAGUAUCCACUGCCUUUGCCCAGAAUGAGAAACUUGGAAGGACUUAGUCAAACACCCAGACAUCUAGUGCUGAACCCUCUGGUGCUUGAUUCAUUGUUACCAAGAUUUGGUGUGGGCAUCUCAUGGAUCUCAGAGGGUUCCAAAGCAUAAUCAGCACAUACAAUCACAGGAUUUGAUGGUGGCGAUCUGGAUUGCUUUGUGAUUUAUCAAAGUAAAUGUUUGAUCUG